AUGGGCCGGUCACAAACCAAAUCCGUUGCACGCGUUUAUGCAGACGUCAAUGCUAAAAUGGGUCCCUCGUGGUAUGAAUACGAUAAUCUGCAGGUGCAAUGGGGCUCUCAGGACCACUACGAGAUUGUGCGCAAGGUUGGACGGGGGAAGUAUUCCGAGGUCUUUGAGGGCAUCAACAUCGUGAACGAGGAGAAAUGCAUAAUCAAAGUGCUCAAACCGGUCAAGAAGAAGAAAAUAAAGCGAGAGAUCAAAAUCCUGCACAACCUUGCUGGUGGCCCGAACAUUGUCGCGCUACUUGACGUUGUCCGCGAUCCCUCUUCGAAAAUACCCAGUCUGGUCACGGAAUAUGUUCACAACGUCGACUUCAAGGUCCUGUAUCCAAGGUUUACCGACUUUGACGUCCGGUUCUACAUGUUCGAGCUACUCAAGGCGUUGGACUACUGCCAUUCGAAAGGUAUCAUGCAUCGGGAUGUUAAACCGCACAAUGUGAUGAUCGACCACGAGAGGCGGAAGCUCCGCCUGAUCGACUGGGGUUUGGCUGAAUUCUACCACCCGAAGACCGAGUACAACGUGCGCGUUGCCUCACGAUAUUUUAAGGGACCCGAGCUACUCGUAGACUUCCAAGAGUACGACUAUAGCCUGGACAUGUGGAGCUACGGCUGCAUGUUUGCAUCUAUGAUUUUCCGGAAAGAACCGUUCUUCCAUGGUCAUGAUAACUACGAUCAAUUGGUAAAGAUUGCCAAAGUUCUCGGAACGGAAGGCCUAUACCACUACAUCCAGAAAUACGAUAUCGUACUAGAUACUCAGUACGAUGAUCUUCUUGGAAGUUACCCGAAGAAACCGUGGUCGCGAUUCAUUACCUCAGAGAAUCAGCGAUAUAUCUCGAACGAGGCCAUCGAUUUCCUAGACAAGCUCUUGCGUUAUGACCACCAGGAGCGCCUGACGGCGAGGGAAGCUCAAGCACAUCCAUACUUUGAACCUGUGAGAAACGCCAACGUGCAAGAGGACGAUAGGAAGGGCGCUGCAGCAUAG